UGAAUAAGCGCAUGCGUUUGUAGUGAGGGGGGUUGGAGGGAGAUGAGAGAGAGAGAGAGAGAGAGAACCCGGCCGCUUGUAUCUUGGAGCGGGCACCGACUGUACCGCCUCGCCGCCAAGGGCACUGACAAGGCAGCUCUCUGCAUUCUAGGGGAAAUCAAGGAGACUGGGGUGGGAAAAGACCUUAUUUGUUUUAGAAAAACAGAUUAAGAAAAUAAGGUGUUGAGGGGAAGCUUUUGAGCCAAGGCCUCCCCCCCCCCCUUUCCCUCUUCAUCCAAGCCUGCCUCCUUAGAAGUGGGUCUAGUCGCUCCGUGAAACCCCUAGUGUCAAGGCGAAGGUGUGUUUCUUUUUGUUGGUGGGGGGGGGGAGGGGGGUGGGGAGAAAUACACACACAUACACACACACACAGAUGGCGCGACCGAGGCCGAGAGACUACAAGGCUGGCGAUUUGGUCUUUGCCAAGAUGAAGGGUUACCCGCAGUGGCCGGCGAGGAUCGAUGAGCUCCCAGAGGGAGCAGUGAAACCACCAGCAAAUAAAUAUCCUAUUUUCUUCUUUGGAACUCAUGAGACUGCCUUCCUGGGACCUAAAGACCUUUUACCUUACAAAGAAUAUAAAGAUAAAUUUGGAAAGUCUAACAAGCGAAAAGGUUUCAAUGAAGGUCUGUGGGAGAUUGAAAACAAUCCUGGCGUCAAGUUCACAGGAUAUCAGGCAAUACAGCAACAGAGUUCCUCAGAGACAGAAGGAGAGGGAGGAAAUACAGCAGAUGCCAGUAGUGAAGGUGAAGGGGGUGAAAUAAUAGAUGAGGAGGGAAAAGCUAAAAGCAGAAAUGAAAAAGGAGGCUCCAAACGAAAAAAAGCUGCUUUUAAGAAAUCUGCAAAGCAGUUGCGGAAAUCCUCUGAUCAGGAAGGCCAAGACGAAGGUGAUAAGGACGUCAAGGAGGAGGAAAGCAAGAGUGGCUCAGAAGCAGGAGAGGCAGACGGUGAUACAAAAAAUGUUGGCGAACAUCAGAAAAUGAAUGAAGAGACCUUGAUCAUCUGAAUCCUGGCCACUAAACAUGGAGGGUACACUUCUUGGCUGUCAAGUAUUGGAUAUUUUACAAACGAUCAUUCCUUCUGCCACUGUCGACAUCGGUUUGCAGUUUGUGCCGGCUUUUCUUCAUUGUGUUACUGAUUAUAGUUUUGUGCACAUGUCAGUCAGUACAAAGAAACAGAAAAUGUCUUUUAUUUUAUAUUCCCCUCCCAUGUGGAAUGUUGUGAGCAACAUCCCACCCCACCCCACCCCGCCCAACCCAUUUCACAGCACUUCAUUCUUAUAAUCGCCUUGCUGUUCCGUCAUUGAGAAAGGAUAUGAUAUUUAUUUUUGAUGCUUGCUUUAAAUGUGAAAAAUAACUUUUAUUCUCGUGUUCAGCUCAGUUUUAUUCUCCCUGUGCCAUCUGUUCUAUGGGAUUUUUUAAGCAUUUAUUUAGUAUCUUUACACAAAAAAAAUGUCUGUUCUACGGCUGUUCAGAAAUGACUGCCUAGUAGAAUAAAAUUUAUGGAAUGCA